UCAAAGGCAAGGGCCCCUCAAUGAUACACAGCGGGGCUCGGGCUAGCUUGCCCGUGGACUUUUCCUUCCCCGUCGUCAGCACCACCACACCUCCGGACUUGCUCCUCCCUCUCCUCUUCCUUCCUGCUCCCCGCGUUGAACCAUUCCACCCGCCUCGCCGCCUCCCCUCCUCCGCAGCUACAAAGCCCCGUACGGCCCACUCCGGCUCGUCGUCUUCUCCCCCGGGUGCCCGCACACAUGGACGCGUCGUCGGGCGACCGCUCGUCGCCGCGCAGCCGGCAGCUGCAGGGCCCGCGCCCGCCGCGGCUCGCCGUCAGCAAGGACUCGCACAAGGUCAGGAAGCCGCCCGUCGCGCCGCAGCGGCACCACCACCUGAAGCAGCAGCAGCAGCAGGUCGUCCAGCAGCAGCAACACCACCAGCAGCAGCACCAGUACCUGCAGCAGGCGCGGCAGCCGGUCAUCAUCUACGACGCCUCGCCCAAGGUCAUCCACACCAAGCCGGGGGACUUCAUGGCUCUCGUCCAGCGCCUCACCGGCCCGGGCUCCACCUCCCAGGCCCAAUUCGACGCCGCCGCGACCACCGCGGGCCCCUCGUCCUCCGACGCGCCGCCGCAGCCGCCGUCGUCCGCGAUGGAGCUGGAGCCGCGGGAGUUCCUGCUCUCGCCCACCGCCGCGCUCUCCCCGGCCGCGCGCCUCGCCGCCAUCGAGCGCUCCGUGCGCCCGCUCCCCCCGCACGCGCCGGCGCCCGCCCCGCCCUACUACGACGACGACCUGUUCCUCCCCGCCCCGGCCUCCGCGGACCUGGACGGCUUCGCGGCGGCCCUCGGCGGCGCGCAGGGCUUCCGGCCCGGGAUCCUCUCGCCCGCCGCUCUCCCGCCGGCGGCCUCCACGGGGCUCUUCUCGCCGAUGCCGUUCGACCCGAGCUGCCUCUCGUGGCUGAGCGAGCUGAGCCCGUUCCUGCCCUCCGCCGGCACCCGCGCGGAGCAGGCUCCGCCGUUCGCGCCCAGCCCGCGCAGCAGCCUGCUGCUGGCCACGCCCACCAUGCCGUCGCCGGCCACCUUCUCCGUGCUCGAGUUCUUCAGCAGCAACUUCCCGGACCUGUAAAUCCCUGUUGAUCAUUAACGACACACCAGUUCCUUCCUCCUGAUUCCAUCAAUUGUUUCUUUCGUCGCCGUCCGGCGCAGUUGACGCGAGAAAUCAUCGGGCCAUCCGUGUUCCGUGCCCCGACAGCCGGGUUAAUCCAAUCACUUUUACCGUCUCGGUAAUUUGGGCGAUGAGGAAGAAUCAAUCGGUUGAUGAGAUGAGAUGAAACCGUGGUUACAUUGAUUCAUUUUUUUUCUAUUUUGUUAUAAAUUGUUAGAUUUUUCUUUUUGCUGUUGUGUUGGCCGGGUCAGUAGGUGAGAGAGAGAGCAAGUUGGCCUUGGCCAGUAGUGGUAGCUGCUGAUUCAUUAAUUAAUUGACUGGAGUAGGAAUUUUUCCUUGUCAAGUUUUCUCCGUUUCCAUGGAUUGAAAUCGUCAACUGCAGGAAGGUAGAGGCUGCAAUUGUUCUUCUUUUUCUUGCCUUUGUUUAUUCUUGCUGAUACAAAAUAUAAUACUAUGUUAAA